AUGCUAUCAAGGUCACCGAGGUCACUGUUGAGCCGCUCUCUUGUGAGCUGUAAAGUACUGAACAAGAAUGUGCCCAAGUUCGAUGAUGCCGAGAUGCUUGCUAGCAGGUUGAACAACGCUGCUUAUACCGCUAAGCGUGGAAAAGACCAAUACAAAUGGACGGAAAGACCAGCUAAAGAGGUGGAGGAAGAGUAUAAUGACCGAAUGGCUCGAAUGGCGAAAAUAUCGGCAGCUUUAAGAGGACUAUUGUUUGUAGCAGGUCUAGGAUGUGCCUACACAGCAUACAUGCAAUGGCCACAGAUCAAAGGAUGGUGGAUGACCACGGACAUGAAGCUAAACGAUGAUGCAAUCGAACUUUUGAAGCAGCGGAAGGAAAAAAAGCGGUUGAUGGAGUUUCCCCAGGUACCCUUGACCGAGCCUCCUAGCACCACUCCAGGCCUAUAUUAUUGGGGCGCGGAUCGUAAAGAUGGCAAGAACAGUAAGUUCCCAUUGAGAGUGUCACAUUUUGAUGGACAGAAAUUGAGGUCUGUAUCGCUCUCUUCCACGAGCGGCAAGCUAGCCAUCGAUGCUGCUGGCGAUCUGUAUCGUUGGGACACUAAUUCCAAGAGUUUGAUUUUGCCUAACCAAGAUUUAAUGGAUGUCAAAGUAUCAAACGAAGUAGCCUAUACCCUUAACAAAAGAGGUGAAAUUCUGGUUGUGCCGCUCACCGAUUCAGCAGAAAGAUCAAAAUUUCUGAAAGUAAAGAGAUCCUGGCUUUUACCUUGGAAAACGUAUUGCCAGUACAACCGGAAAUUAGACACCAAACAAGCUUUUUCUAGCCGUGGCGAAAACAGAAUAUCUCAAUUUGAUGUCGGGAAGGACCACUUGGUAUUCAUUUCGAAUGCAGGCAAAGCUUACACCUGUGCCACGGGGACGAAGCACACCGAAGGGGUAAAAUCCAAAGGCCAAUUUGGUGUUCCAACACUCUCACAGUUUGAUCCAUUCCCAGAGCGUAACAAAAUUUAUGAAAUAGAGCUUUUGAACCGUAGCGUUGGCGAAUCAGGAAGUGUUGCGAAGAGAAUUGAAAAAGUCGCUUGUGGAAACUUUCACACACUAGCGCUCGAUUCACUUGGCGAAGUCUUUUCAUUUGGCCUUAAUACUUACGGACAGUUGGGCCAACCUAUUAGCUAUGACAUGGAAUACGUUCCAUUUCCAAAACAGGUGGGGAGAUUCAAUGCCCACUUUUCAAGAGACACGUACUUAAAGAGCGUUGACAUCCACGCAGGCGGAGAUACCUCUUUUGUUAGUAUUGUGCCUCAGGAUAUCCACAAAUACUUCAGGAACAAAGGAAAUGUCUCUUUAAGAGACGAUUUAGACAAAAUAACUUAUUUUGCCUUUGGCAGUGGCAUACAUGGAGAGUUGGGGAAUGGCCAUUACAAACACUCUCAACAGGAUCCAACCAAGUUGAAACUUGUGAAUGACGUCACAGGAGAUGGCUCUACAAUUACUGAAAGACGGGCUAAGAUUGAAAGUUGGUCUUGUGGUAACGAACAUACUUUUUGCAAGCUUGAAAAUAACGAAGUCGUUGCUUGGGGAGACAACUCGGAGGGACAGUUGGGAAACGGUAAGAAGAUCAAAACAUGCAAGCCUAUAAAUAUUCCCAAAUUGCUUGAACCUGGUAGUAGUUCCAAGUCCAUGUCUGAGCAGUCACCAAGUUUCUCUGAUACGCUCACACUAACGCCCGAGCAAGCUAUUGUUGCAGGUGAAAAAUCAAGUUGUCUGUACUGGAAAAUUUAA